AUGAACUCCAUUACACAUAAUAAAAGUGACCAAAUUAAAAUUUUAAUUUCUAAUUUAAUUGGUAUAUCAAAUUGGGAUUCAUUAUCGAUUCAGCAUGAUGGCAUUGACCAUGGAUUAGAUAUUAAUUUAUUAAAGGUUAUCAAUGAUAUAAUAUACCAAGACCAAAUCAACACCACCUUUAUCAGCACAACAGAAUGCGACGACAACUCUUCAGACCAAUGCGACACUAAUAGCAAUGUAGUUCAUAUGAUAUCUAAAGAAAUCGAUUCGGAGUAUAGUUCCCAAGCAUCAUCUUCCAAAUCAAAAAAUAAAAGAGCAACUUUUUCAUCCAAAUCAUCAUCUUCAUCAUCAUCAACAUCAUCAAAAUCAGCAGUAUUUGACAAUAUACAUAAACAAUUACAUUCACUCAAAAGGAAAUCAAAGAAGCAAAUUGAACAAUUAGAAUCAUUAAAAGCCAUAUUCCAAACCAGAUUAAAUAGCAACAACAUAAACACAAAUAGCACCAAUGAAUAUAACCCAAGUAUCACUUUUAACCUUGGUAAAGAAUUUGUUAUUUCAAAUUUAUUUUUGGACCAAAUUAUUCUAUUAUUAGACUUUUUACAUUCGAUUGCACUGGAAAUUGAAAACUCGUUGGGAUACUGGGAGGCCAAAGACUCGAUCUACUAUUCAUUAGAAAAGACUCCAUUGUUCUGGUUAAAAUACUAUCAUCAAGAAUUAAACAAAAAAAUUCAAUUUUCAAAUAAGUUCAACGAGAUUCAUAAUAUAACAGCUUCAGCAUCACUCGUUUAUGUUUCAAAAGCAUUAAAUAAAUUCAAUAAUAUAUUUAAAAGAUCUUCAAAAAAAUCACUAAAAUCACUAGAAUCAGUGAAUGAAAUGUUAAAAGAAAAAAAAUUAGAUCAAGAUAAUUAUAAUUUAAUUUUUAAUUUAAAAUUCCCAAUUAAUGAAGAUCAAAAUGAAAAUAAUAAUAAUAACAAUAACAAUAAUAAUAAUAAUAAUAAUAAUAAUAAUAAUAAUAAUAAAUAUCAAGCAGAAUUAAAGCAUCCAAAGGUAGAAUUACAAGAAAGAAUUAAAAGAUUAAAAUCCUAUCAAACUAUUAUAUCAGUAUUAAUUGGUAGAUUAACUUAUUUAUUAGAUACAUUUAAAUCAAUCAAUUCAUUAGAACAAUUUAAUGAAUUAAUGUCAAAAUCAAAUAUCAUUAUAUUUGAUUGUUUGUUAAUUUUAUCAAAAUCAUUUUAUAAUAAAUUAAAAAUCAAAAAACAAUUACUUCAAUCAAAGCAAUUCAUCGAUAUAUUGGUACAACAAAAAGAUCAAGAGGAAAACCAUCAAAUUAAUAACUUUAAUAUUAUUGUAUCAAAUCAUAUGGUGCUAAAUAACCUCAUAUACUCGAUUGAAAAGAUAGUGUCUAAAGAUGGUAUUCCAAACUUCCUCAGUAGAAACUGGCUCAAGAUCACCCUAUCCUCAAUGGUAACCUUCAUAAUGAUCAAGUAUUCAUAUGACAAUUUUGACUCUUUUGUUGCCAGUGCCAAAGAUACAAGAGAUGCAUUAAUUAGAUUCUACAACGAGCAUUUAGAAGAACCACUAUGGAACAUCUGGAGUGUAAUUAGAUACGAUAAAAAGACCUUACAAUUAACAGAUCCAGUAUCUCUUCAAUCCUCCAUCGACUCAUUGGGUAGAAUGGUAUUGGAGUUUAAUUCUGACAAAGGUUUGAAGCUAUCAGAUUUGGACAAAGCUCAACUUUUAGAUUUAGCAAGUCGUGGUGAUAUUUCCUCUAUCAUGAAAUCAUACGAAGAUAAUAUUCGAUCACCACUUGCAAAUAUUGUAUUUGGUGAUUUGGUUCGUUUAAUUUUAAUCCAAGUUCAAAAAGAAAAAGUUGAUGUUGACAAAGCUUUGAUUGCCAUUGACAAAUUGCUCCAAUCCAAUGAAUUAAACUUCCAAUUGCUUGCCGCCAUUCCAUCAGUUAUAUUUGUAGCAUUCAUCAUUUGGCAAAUUAAAAAACUUUUUACAAACACCAAAACCACAUUACCAUACUCCCAAAAAGUUAUCUUUACCACACUCAGAAAGAUAAAUCGUACCCUUAUCAUCAAUAAUGGCGAACAGCAAAACUUACCUCCUUUUAUAUCACCAUUAUUAUUAACUACCCAACCCUCAUUAUUCAACUUUUCAAAAAUUAAUAACUAUAACAGUCAGAUUUUAUUAUCGUCAAGUAACAAUAGUAUUCAUAACCACCCACAAGACGAGCACAAUCUUUCAUCUUUAAUCAAAUCUCAAUUUAAACCAUUCGAAAAAUAUGGAACUAUUUUAAUCUCAACCAAUAAAUUAAGAAUCCAUCAAAAAUCAGUAAGAGAAACUAAUGAAAGUCAAUGGUUUAACGAAGAUAUCAAUGAUUUAGAAUCUGAUCAUUUAUCAAACCAAGAUAAAAUACAAACCAUAAAUAGAAUGUUUAUGACCUAUUCAUUUUUAAAAAAAAUAAAAUAA